AGACGACCUACGAUUCAACCAGUAUAUUUUCUAUAUUUAUAAUACUUUGUGUACAAAAAUAAAUCCGUACAAUAGUAUUGAUUCUAAUUUAUACGCCAUUGUAACAGGCCAUUAUACGUAUACAGGUAAUAGAAGGAACUUGCGGAAAUAAAUGUAACGAAAUGCAAAGAAAAGAACCGAGGUAAUAUCUAUUUUUGUCGAAUAAAAUUAAACAUAAAUAAAUUAAACAUGAAGUUUUAUGCGAGUACAGACUUCGUAGCACGAUCAAAAAAUUGAUAAUUGUGAUAACGCUUUUUAUACAAAUAUAAUCUUACGUUCAGUUUCCCUUUCGUCAACAUUUAUUCUUCUUUUCAGUUAGGCAACUUGAAUAUUUGUUAUUUUUCUUGAUAUUUUAUCCUACGGGAUAACGUGAUUAAUCGAAAGUUAAUCGGAGUCCAGUGUCAAUUAUUUUCAAAAACAUUUCAAAAACAUUUCAAGAACAUCGCGUAAAACAUCGUCUUGUUGCGCAAAAUAACGUCUGUCGAAUCUCUGAUAUCUUCACGUUUCUUAGAUUUUACGAUAUACGUGGACGUAAAUUAUUAAAAUUCUAUCGCAGAAUUGAAUGUUACUCUUAAAUAACUUUAGCGAAAGUACAGGUUUUGCGAGUUUACUCGGAAACAUAUAAAAAAGAUGAAUAGUACGCUAAAAGAAGUGAUAUUAGAGAAAUGUCGGAAGAAGGUUAUUUCUCUGGAAUCGUAUAGCGAGAACGAAGGAGAAGUGGAAGAGAUGGAAGAAAAAGAAAGCGAAAUAGUAGAGGAAUUACCUUUCGAAGAUAUUCUCGCUGACAAACGUCGUAAAUAUAGCGCUAAAGAAGAAUUCAUUUUUCUUCUUUAUAAUGACACUUUGCAGUAUUUUGUGAAAGAGUAAUCGUUUUCAUUUUCGUUCUCGUUUAAAUUUUUACUGAAAUUUUGAUAUUUCUAUCAACUCUCUUUGAUACCUUUAUGAACUGUUACGAUUCAAAGUUCCAUAUACGGACGAUUUUCCCUGUUUAUUACGUUUAACAGCCGAGUAAAAUACGCGUUAAAAAUGUCAAUUACUCGAUGUUUGUUAUUUAACAUUCAUUGUUUAAUAUAGGUGGGAUGGCACGUAUUUAAGAAAAAAGCCUACGAAGAUAUUGGUCGAUGAUUCGAGAAAUUCGUCCAACGAUGACGAAGAUAUAGGUGAAAGACAAGAUUACGAAGAUGUAAAUGAAUCGAAAGAAAGCGACAAUAAUUCCGAAGAAUUUAAUAACGAUACAAAUAAAUCAAGUUUCGUUUCGUCUUGGAAAUUAUCACUGCCCGAUGAAUUUGCAAAUAUAAGAUUUAUUAGUAACAAUACGUACAGCGGUCGUAUUAGUAGAAAAAUGAUGGAGGGUGAAGGCGUAUACAAAUGGUCUAACGGUGCUCGGUAUAAAGGAGAAUUCGAACAGAAUGUUAUGCAUGGCAAAGGUCUAUUAGAAUGGAACAAUGUUUGCUGGUACGAAGGUGAUUUUACGAACGGCUACCGACAUGGUAGAGGAAUUAUGGUGGAUGGAGAAAAUCGUUACAUGUAUACCGGUCAAUGGCAUAUGGGUCAAAGACAUGGGAAAGGUUAUUCCCGUUACUCUGACAAUGGUUCAUACGACGGUGAUUGGGUAAUGAACAAAAUGAACGGGAUUGGAUUACGAAUUUAUCCAAGCGGUGGCCGUUACGUGGGUCAAUGGAAGAACGGAGUUCGUGAUGGUAUCGGAACCAUGGUUUGGCCCAAUGGGAGUCUCUAUCGUGGGGAAUGGAAAUGCGGUGCAAUGCACGGCUAUGGAGAGUACGUAUGGAAUGGAUUUUUUAAUAAAACGUUUGCUUGGCCGCAAGAAGCAUCGUACGUGGGUUACUGGCGUCGCGGAAUGCGUCAUGGCAAGGGGGAGAUAAAGCUGAAUUCCGUCGGUGGAGCUAAGUAUUCUGGUUAUUGGAAGGAUAAUAAAAAGCAUGGUUACGGAGUUAUAAUUGGAAGUAACGGGCACAAAUUUGAGGCUAAUCCAUUAUUUUCAAAUGAUAUUUUGUGUGCGCCGAACGUUGUAGCCGAUAAUUUAGAAACUGAAACGAAAACGAAGGAUGAAGGAGAAUGCAUGCGGACAGCUAAAGAAAUAAAAACAGCAUUUGCCGAGAAACCUGGUCAAUUGGUAGAAACUUGGUCAACACCUAUUCUGAAGCCAGAACAGUUCCUAUGUUUAUCUUACUAUAUAACUCGUCUACUGGAUCCAAAAAAUAUGGAGCCAUCUGUCGUAUUUUCGCCUCCAUCUGGAAAAUGCUACAGUUGUGAAAGAGAAUCUUGUUCUUGUUUGCCACAUCCACUUUCCAUAGAUACGAUUACAAGUGAACGAAACGACAUCACGCAGACACAUGCGCCCGAAUCCUACACCGAGAAUAUGAUAGAAUCUGUCUGGAAAUAUGAAGAAUGCUGGACAUAUAAUUGUUUGACGUUUCACAUGCAUCGUUUACGUGAAAUUUACAACGAUUAUGCUACGUUAUUUGCCAAGUCGGCGCCAAAAUGCAAUCUGGCGAUGAGUAGAUUAUGUUUAUGGCAAUUAUGGAGAGAUUGUGGUAUUCAUAAGAAAGGACUUAGCCUCACUGAAAUCGAUAGUUACAUUGCGAAAAAUGAAACCACGAUGGUGAAAGAUCCUCUUCAUCCGUUCGAAAAGAUUGAAAUCUGGCAAUUUUUACACGCCUUGUUAGAAGUUUCCUGGCACUUAUAUACUAAACACAACGACGAUAAAGUCGAGGAAAUGAACGGAAAAAUCGCUGGUGGUUUGCACAAAUUUUUAAAAAACUAUAUAUAUCCUCAUGCUGGAAAUCAUGUUGGUAGUCUGUGCCGUGAAAAUCAAGAUUUGCUACCUAUAUACUGCGUCUUUGAAUUGUACCAACAGAUUGGCUAUCCAGUUUCUGCAAAAGAUCUCCUUCGUGCGACGUGCGUUUUAAAACACAGGGCAGAUCCAAUGCUUUCUUCGACUACUGCCGAAGCUGUGGAAAAUUUUCCGGAUGGAAUUAAUUCUGUGACGAUAGGCGAAAAAGUCAGCUACUUACUGAAACUUGACGAAAUCUUUUCGUCACCCGAUCGUACGAUUAAUAUAUCAAGAAGAAAUGCAAAUAAUUUAUGUAGCAAUAACGGAUUGUUGGUCUUUACACAACUAGGGACUAGAAAAAUGAUAGAAAUUAUGAUGCUAAUAUGUCCUGGAAUAAAAGAUGCAAGUAGUGGUGUAAUUAUAAACAUGGAUUAUAAGGUAUAUUAUCGUAAUUCAAAUUUUUAUAUAUUUGAUACAAAUGAAAUUCAAUAAACCUUUUUAAAGAUAAUCUGUUGAUAGAACGAUCUGGUUGUUAUUUGAUUAUACUUGAUUUGCUUCGGUGUCUCUUCAGUUUUUAACAUCAUAAUAUUUAAACGACGUUGUUAUGCUAUUAUAUUACUAUUAUCAGAUUUUGACGCACCGGUUUACAUAUAUAAACACAAAUUCUUAGUGAAACGCGUUAUAUGAAACAAAUGAAAGAUAUGGCAGCAGUCAGGUCGUCUCUAUACAUAAUUACUUGCGAUUAGUCUUGUAUGUUGCUCGCACGUAAAAUUGCAUAAUGUCGAUAACUACGAAUAUCGCUCGACAUAGAUAACUUUAUUAAUGGUUAUGAUUGUUAUCACUAUUAUUAUUAUGCAAUUUUUAUUUUAUUCGUACUACGUGAUACGUAUUAAAAAGAUUAUAAAACUGAAAUUGAAAGUAGGUAAAUUAACAAACAAUAUGAACAGUAAUAUAAAAUGCAAAUUAUGUCAGACUGGGUUUCAUCGAUUAUUUAAGUAUCAAGUACAUAAUUAUAGAAUUAUCAUCGAUUAUAUAUAUAAAAAGCAUAAAACAUUAUAAGUAGCAUAGAUUGAAAUGCGUUUAUUACAUCAAUAUAUAUGAAUAUCAUAAACCAAUAUUGAAUAUCAUAUUUAAUUUAAUUUAACAUGUGACUAAUAUUUUAAUCAAUGGUUAUUUACAGAUAUUACAAAAAUUGCAUCUUCCCUAACUUAAUUAUCUCUCGCUUAAAUGCAUAAUAUAUUUUACAGACACAUCGUAUACGGUAUUUUUUUUAUGGCAUAAUUUACAGUAUAGAAAUUUAAUGUUACAGCUGACAUUUCUCGAAUUUUAUGAAAUAAUACUAGAGGCAGCAAAGGAGUUACUUUCUUUAAGAAAGAAGACUCUGAGAAUGUUGCAUACAAAGAACAUCGAGGAGGAAACCCUAUCGUUAAAAGCCAAUAAUUUACUAAAAAGAGACGGUUCUAGAAUUAGCGAACUGUCUCCGAUCAAGAUUUCAAGAACAAAGAAAGAACCCUAAUAUAAUUCGAUAAAGUAAUAGUACAAAAA